AUGAGGCUUUUCUUUUUUGGAUUUUUGAGCCUAGCUCAUGGCCGCUUCAACACUGGAAUCCUCUACGAUCGCCUCCUAAAAGGCUGGAGCUACGUGGUCGACGUUAGUCAGCCUGGAUGCACAAUGAGUGAAGCCGAAGCGCUUGAAAAAUUCGAAGUGCAUCCUUGGGACUCGGCUCUUGUGCCCGACGAGUGCGUCAAAUAUAUUGAAAAUGAAAUGGAAGAAGCGAAUCCGGGAAAGAUUCCGACUGCUUUUACGGACACUCCGAUGCCGAUGGAAUUGGACAUUCGAUUGAGCCAGUUUCAUGGAAUCGACGCGAAACAGCAACGGGUCUUUUUUACGGCUACAAUGGAUUUCACCUGGCGAGACGAUUUUCUUCACUGGAGACCGAGUUUGAACAACAAUAUCACGCACGUGAUCAUUGCUCCUGACCGAAUCUGGAAACCCGAUGUUGUUCUGAUGGAGAGUCUAUCAGACGACUUCGACAGCAAGUAUCAGGCGGGUAUUACAGUCAACUACGAUGGCACAUGCAACUGGAUCACUCCAAUCAAUUUCGAGGCUGGCUGCGUUUUUGACAUGACCUUCUUUCCUUACGACACUCAAGCCUGUCCCUUGACUUUUGGUCCUUGGACGUAUUCAAGCAGAGACAUUGCUUUCCAGCUCAAAACCGCGACGAAUAAUAUAACUGGUCCAGGCCAGACGGGGCAAAUUCUCGACAAUCCGAUGAAACCAAACUCGACGGAAUGGAAUAUCCUUAGUACUGAUGGAAUCAUGAGAGAAACAAAGUAUCCCUGCUGCGUAGAAAAAUAUCCAGACAUCACAUACGAAAUCGUCUUCAAGCGAUACACCCUCUUGCCAACACUCUCCAUCGUCGUCCCCUGCAUUCUGACAGUAAUUCUCAUCAUUCUCGGUUUUUUCAUGCCCCCAGAUGCUGGCGAAAAAGUCGGCCUAAACAUCACGAUUCUCCUCGCUCUCGUCGUUUUUAUGGACCAGUUGACUCAGCAAAUUCCCCCUAUGCCCGCUAAAACACCACUUAUCGGGCAGUUUUUCGUCGCAUCUCUCGUUCUCGUUGCAUGUUCUCUCAUUUCGACAAUCUUCUGUCUUCGACUACAUCAUACAACUGGAGAAGAAGCGAAGAGAAUGCCAAAAUGGCCAACGGAUUUUCAAAUAUCUUAA